AUGAAAUUAGAGGAAUCAUCUGCCUACCAAGACUUCCUAGAUGGCGUUGAGGAAGAAGAGGCGUGGAUACUUGAAAAACAACAUUUACUUAGCAGUGAAGAUUAUGGUGAUACACUGGCUGCAGUCCAAGGUCUGCUUAAGAAGCAUGAUGCUUUUGAAAUUGAUCUAAAAGUACACGGAGAGAAGUGCAAUGAAAUGUGUGCUAGCGGCAAAGCCCUAAUCGCAGCCGGGAAUCAUAACGCCGCCGCCAUAGAACAGCGUUGUGAAGGGUUAAGAGAAAAAUCAGAUGUAUUGGCUCGUGCAGCGCAGCGCCGCAAAGCCAGUUUGCAAGACAAUUAUGCUUUCCUUCAAUUUAUGUGGAAGACUGAUGUUGUAGAGUCCUGGAUUGCUGAUCGCGAGACACAGGUUCGUUCCGAUGAUUAUGGCAGGGACCUAAGCAGUGUUCAGACACUCUUGACCAAACAUGAGACUUUCGACACUGCGCUUGAGUCGUUUAGAACGGAAGGCAUCGAUACUAUCAUCGCUCUGCAUAAUCAACUUGUGGAGGCUAGACAUGCUCAGAAGCCAGCAAUUCAACAGCGGUAA